UCUUGCCGACAUGAACAUAUAAACCCCCAAGCUUCAAAAACCCUAACAUUUCAAUUUAAACCAUAAUCGCUACCCAGAACACAGCAAUUGAGAGAUUAUUCAACAAUUCUAAAAGAAGAAUGACCCAAAAGAGCUAUCUUUUCAAAUGCCAACGAAAGAAGAAAUCAAUUCGUCCCAAUCGCCAUGGCAAUGCCCCUCAAACUAGGAAGAGAGUUGUGAAGCCCUCAAAGGUCACAAAGGAUAUGGAUACCGGUCGGGAACCGACCAAGUUCAUAAAUUAUUGCAAUGAGGCAGCAGCUACUGUCGCCAACAAGGAUGGUGGCCAACUAAACAUAGUCAAACCACAACCAGAGUCAUCUAUAAUGCAUGCUUAUAAUUCAAAAAGCAAAGAUCUUUUGGACUGGGAGGAGAACGGCAACUACUCUGCCUCUUCUAUAGAGUCAAAGCUUCUAUUUUGCAAAAAAGAUGAUUUUGUGCAAACUGCAAAACCAGAAGGCGUUUGUAUUCCUGAUAAGAAACCCGAUAUAUGCACUGUUCCUGAAAGUAAUAUUCUUGGAAAAGUGAAGGACUUUUUGGGAGUCAUAUCAGAAGCGAAUAAAAGACUGCAAUAUGAUGCAAAGAACAACGCUGAAAAAUAUGAUCUUGAAGUGCUUCAUGGUAAUGAGUCAGAAUAUAUUGAAAUGGAUUUAAUGUUGGGAGUUGCUGAUCUUCAUACUGCUGAGGCUGUUGCUGCUGCUGAGUCUGCAAUGGCUGGUUCCCAGCCAACCUUCUCCUUGGCUGCUAGUGUUAGUAGUGAUGAUGACGAUGACCAUGAUAUUAAAAGUAAUGAGGAAGUUGGUAGUGAUAGUAGCAAUGAUGAAGAAAAGAUGUUCAAUGGUGCUGGUGAAAAUUCCUGUAGUGAUGUGUCCAGGAUGCAAGCAUCCAAUAAACGCCCAAAAAUUGUUGAACUCUCGUAAAUUUCUGUGAUGCGUGGAUAUGUAGGUCAUUUCCCUGAGGAGCUUUUGCAGUUAGUGCCAAACAUAAAGCUAGAGCAUUAAUUGACUCUCGUAAGAAGAUUCACGGGUCAAUAGCAUGUUAUGUUGUUUGCUUAAUCUUGUAUCUUGUAGAUGUUCAGUGGAAUAUCAUGUUGUGUCAUGGAUAGUUUCCUGAUGCUAAAAUCCGUUUCUGGAAAUGCAUCUUUGUGCUUCUUUUUGUAGUCUUUUUUGUAUCAGGCCUUUGGGUGGGAAUGCUUAUUGAUGUUAUUUUGCUUCUUACCCAAUAUCUUCAACGUGUGUGAUUUUUGGUAGAUCAUUAGUAUUUAGCCAAUGAUCGUUUGAGCU